AUUCAAAUUGUGAUAAAAGGAUACAAAUUGUGUAUUGAAUGCAAUUCUGUGUGUAAUUUAUGUACAGAAAGGGAGUGUUUGUAUGGUUUGCACGAAAAGCACACGUUUUUUGAAUUUACAAAACAAUUUGCAAUCCAUUGACACAACAAUUGUGUCCACACUUUCACUAAUCAUCGCAUCAUUUGAUCUCAUCGUUAGUGUCAUUCAAUCUGUGAGACAAUGAGUCAAUUGGUUGACAACAAACACGCGUUUAAUCCGUUUGACAGCAAAUCGAUGGCAAAUACGAGACAAACACUGAAUUCAUUGCACGAAAGAAAGUCUAACAAAACGCAAGUCUUUUCAGGUAUAUCGAGAUGUGUGGCCACAAUCAGACCAUUGAGAGAGCUAUGUGUCGACAAACUGCUGAAACAGUUGCACAAAGUGGUGAUCACCGAAGACACCGAUUAUCAGCUCAUAAGACCGCUUCUGGAGAAGUGUUCGGCCAUUGAAUUGCAAAGACUGGAGACAUUGUUUUCGUCGUUGGCCUCAAAGACCGACCAGUUAUGGCACGAGUUGUGCCGAAAUGAGUUCCACUUCACCACCAGUUGCGGUCCCAAUGAAGACAAACACGAGUACAUCGAUUGCGUGCCAAACAAGACGUCGGCCGAGAGUUGGCGUCACUUCUACUGGCGUUCAAUGGAUUACCGAAAGCGUAAACUCGAAGAAAUCACGUCUAAUAUUAGGCAUAAAAGCGAUUCCGUGAAAACGAGU